GGGAGCAGUGGACAUGGUGGAAAACGUUCAGCUCAUCACCUGGAGGGUGGACAAUCUCACGCACUACGACAUAAAACCAUAUUGCUUCAUGAAUAUGAAAACGCAGUGUUCAAACAACCUUCCAGUUAUUGUUUACAAGCGUCCAGACCGGGUGUCUAUCAGCACCGUGGAUCACACAGGGCCAAUGAUUGAAGGUGGACAAUACGAGCUCCGGUGUGAUGUUCAAAAUGUUGCUCCUGUUCGUCUCCUCACUGUAAACUGGUACAAAGGACACCAUCUUGUGGAAAGAGAAAGCCUUUCUGGUGAAGACAAAUUUCCUGUUAAUGUAAAUGUGACACUUCAGAUCUCACCGAGUAAAGAUGAUGAUGGAGUUCAGUACAGAUGUGUGGCAGAACUGAACCUGGGACCAGAAGGACCGCAACAUCCUCCUAUAGUGACAUCAGAUCCUCUAAACAUCACAGUACACUACAAACCUGAAAUGGAUUGUCUAGAUUGGUCUCCUAUAAUAAACACUCCCUUGAGCUCCUAUCCUUAUAAUGUUGUGGGAAACCCAACUCCACACAUCACCUGGCAUCGAGACGAAUUACUGAUCAGCUCUGAUGUGAUUCUAAGCAAAAAUUACUCGGGCCGAUAUACUUUCUUUGCAAGCAAUCUGAUAGGAAAUGCAUCCUGUGUCAUAAGUAUCACAGUAGAGUCACAAUCCAGCCAAUGCCCUGACCUUGUCCUGGACCCUCCUGAGCUGGUGGUGCGAUAUGGAGAUCCUGUCUCAGUGAGCUGCCGUUCCCUGUCUGAAUACACUGACCUGGGCUGGGAUGUUUCACUGGGAAGUGUUUCAUUGCUUGAUAAUCAGACUGUUAUCUGGAAAACAGACAAUCUGACUGACUGGGAAAUAGUGCCAGUGUGCUACAUGAUCCUGAAUGGUGUACAAUGCAGGAGGACUCUCCCCCUCACCGUGUACAAGCUUCCAGACGAGGUGUCUUUCAGCAUCGUGAAUCAUGUAGGACCGAUGAUUGAAGGCAAAAAGUAUGAGCUCCAGUGUAAGGUUUAUAAUUUUGCUCCUGUGAACGUCCUCGCUGCUUUCUGGUACAAAGGGGAAAAGUUAUUAAAAAAUAGAGGAUUUGCAGAAUUGCCCACCAAAACUCCUAGUAAUCGGACGGUUUCACAUAAGAUCACUGCUGGCAGAGAUGAAGGUGAAGCUCAGUACUGGUGUGAGGCAAAGCUGAAACUGGGACCAGCAGGACCUCAGCCUUCUCCUACGAUCAAAUCUAAUCUUCUUAAAGUUGCAGUUCACUACAAACCUGUAAUUAAACCUUGUUCAGAUUGGUCCCCUAUGAUACACACCCCCUUGAGCUCUUUUCCUUAUAAUGUUACGGGAAACCCAACUCCACACAUCACCUGGCAUCGAGACAAAUCACCGGUCAGCUCUGAUAUGAUUCUCAGCGGGAAUGACUCGGGCACGUAUGAAUUACUUGCGAACAACAACAUGGGAAGAGCAUCCUGUGUCAUAAAGAUCACAGUGGAGUAUGCUCCUACAUUUAGGUGUCCUGCUAUCUAUGAGGGGCAAGAGCAUGACUCCUUCUUAGAUAAAUGUUUAGUUAUGGCUUCUCCUGUAGCAAACAUCAGCUGGGAAAAAGAUGGAAAAAUGGUGAACCCUCUUUAUAAUCUCACAAGGGAAGACAGCGGCACCCAUGUGAUUACGGCUGUGAACAAGCAUGGAGUUGAAAAGCACAGUCUGACUGUUAAUGUUCUGUACGGCCCAGAGAUUGAGCCAGACUAUUCAUCACAUGUGAUGCAGAAAGGUGAAGCUGUGUCUCUGAGCUGCACUGCAGGGGGAAAUCCAGAACCUGAAGUGACAUGGAGGUUUCAGAGUCAAACAAAAGCCACUGGGAGGCGGCAAACCACACUGACAAUUUCUGAAGCCACAUUUGCUGAUGAUGGUGUAUAUACAUGCACUGCUAUGAAUGACCUUGGGAAUGACAGAAGGACAGUCACAGUGCAUGUAGAAGGUGAUUGUCCUGUUAAAAUUUUGCCUGUUAAAUUAGUAAGGGAGUUUGGUGCUUCAGCCUCAGCUAACUGUUUCACAACCAUCAUCCACCAUGGCAUGGGAUGGGAGGCAUCACAGGGAGCAGUGGACAUGGUGGAAAACGUUCAGCUCAUCACCUGGAGGGUGGACAAUCUCACGCACUACGACAUAAAACCAUAUUGCUUCAUGAAUAUGAAAACGCAGUGUUCAAACAACCUUCCAGUUAUUGUUUACAAGCGUCCAGACCGGGUGUCUAUCAGCACCGUGGAUCACACAGGGCCAAUGAUUGAAGGUGGACAAUACGAGCUCCGGUGUGAUGUUCAGAAUGUUGCUCCUGUUCGUCUCCUCACUGUAAACUGGUACAAAGGACACCAUCUUGUGGAAAGAGAAAGCCUUUCUGGUGAAGACAAAUUUCCUGUUAAUGUAAAUGUGAAACUUCAGAUCUCACCGAGUAAAGAUGAUGAUGGAGUUCAGUACAGAUGUGUGGCAGAACUGAACCUGGGACCAGAAGGACCGCAACAUCCUCCUAUAGUGACAUCAGAUCCUCUAAACAUCACAGUACACUGUGAGUGCUACAUAGAGUUUUAG